AUGGACCCACAUACUCCAAUUGUUCUUGAUCAGGGUACUGGUUUCGUGAAAAUUGGCCGUGCUGGUGAGAACUUCCCAGAUUACACCUUCCCAUCCAUCGUAGGUAGACCGAUUCUUAGAGCUGAAGAAAGAGGUCAUGCUUCUACCCCAUUGAAAGAUAUCAUGAUUGGUGAUGAAGCAAGUGAAGUUCGUUCAUAUUUACAGAUUUCGUACCCAAUGGAAAAUGGUAUCAUCAGAAACUGGGCAGAUAUGGAAUUACUAUGGGAUUAUGCUUUCUUUGAGCAGAUGAAAUUGCCAACUACAUCCGGCGGUAAGGUACUACUUACCGAACCACCAAUGAACCCCAUUAAAAACAGAGAACAAAUGUGUGAAGUUAUGUUCGAGAAGUAUGAUUUUGGUGGCACAUACGUUGCAAUUCAAGCCGUUCUAGCUCUAUAUGCUCAAGGUUUGUCGUCGGGUGUCGUUGUUGAUUCCGGUGAUGGUGUUACUCACAUUGUUCCUGUUUAUGAAUCCGUUGUUUUGAAUCAUUUGACAAGAAGGUUAGACGUUGCUGGGAGAGAUGUAACCAGACACUUAAUUGACCUUUUGUCUCGCCGCGGUUAUGCAUUCAACAGAACUGCCGAUUUCGAAACUGUUCGUCAAAUUAAAGAAAAGCUUUGUUAUGUAUCUUAUGAUCUAGACUUGGACACAAAAUUAGCAAGAGAGACGACUACUCUAGUGGAAUCUUAUGAAUUACCCGAUGGGAGAGUCAUCAAGGUUGGACCGGAAAGAUUCGAGGCACCAGAGUGUUUAUUCCAACCAAGUUUAGUUGAUGUCGAACAACCAGGUGUGGGUGAACUUUUAUUCAACACAAUACAAGCAGCAGAUGUGGAUAUCAGAACAUCACUUUAUAAAGCUAUCGUCUUGUCUGGUGGUUCAUCCAUGUACCCAGGUUUACCUUCAAGGUUGGAAAAAGAACUAAAACAACUAUGGUUUACAAGGGUUCUACGCAAUGAUCCCACACGUUUGGAUAAAUUCAAGGUCAGAAUUGAGGACCCACCAAGAAGAAAGCAUAUGGUGUUCAUUGGUGGUGCCGUCUUAGCGAACAUUAUGGCCGAUAAAGACCACAUGUGGUUAUCGAAGCAAGAAUGGCAUGAAAUAGGUCCUGCUGCAAUGUCAAAGUUUGGACCAAGAUAA